UUCAAAGUUUGUGCAUUCUGGUCCUUUUCUUUUAUCUCUAUCACCUUUUUUCUUCACUUUCUCUCUAUCAAUUUCUCACACUUUCUCUGCAGAACAAAAAUUUCCAACAUGGUUGUGACAGCCAAAUUAGCUCGUAACGUUGUUGGUGCCAUAGGCAAUGUCAUCUCUUUUGGCUUGUUUUUCUCACCAGCUCCAACUUUCUAUGGAAUUAUAAAGAAGAAGUCUGUGGAAGAGUUCAAACCAGAUCCAUACUUAGCAACAUUGUUGAAUUGUGCUUUUUGGGUGUUUUAUGGAAUGCCUUUUGUGCACCCAAACAGCACUUUAGUUCUCUCUAUCAAUAGUGUUGGAAUUCUCUUUGAGGUUGUCUAUCUUACCAUCUUUUUUAUCUAUGCCACCAAAAGUGGACGUAAAAAGUUGCUGCUUUAUCUUCUCAUCGAGGCUAUUUUCUUUGCUGUCAUUGUUCUAAUAACAAUGUUGGCACUUCAUGGCACUAAAAAAAGAUCGUUAAUUGUUGGUGUUCUAUGUGAUGUCUUCAAUGUCAUGAUGUAUGCAUCUCCUCUUACAAUCAUGGCCAAGGUUAUAAAAACCAAGAGUGUGAAAUACAUGCCAUUUUGGCUCUCUCUAACCAACUUCCUCAAUGGUUUGUGCUGGACAACAUAUGCUCUCAUCCACCCAUUGGAUAUUUAUGUCUUGGUAAGCAAUGGUAUUGGAGUGGUUUCUGGAAUUGUUCAGCUCAUACUAUAUGCUUGCUAUUUCUCUCGCAAAGGUGAAGAGGAUGAUGAUGGUGAUGGUGAUUUUGAGUUGAAACCAACUGGAGUUCGUGAUAUCUCUUCAAAUGGAAGAGCUACAGCAUGAUGAUGAAUUACCCUAUAACAUCAUAGCUUUAUUUCUUUUCUGUAUUAUGUUUUUACAUCUUUUUGCAAUAUACUUUGGUAUGUCCUUUCAUUUUCAAUCAUUUGACAAACUUAUCAACUAUUUACAAUGGUAAAAUUACUUAUAAGAAAAUUUUCAA